AUGGCAAUUUGACUUUUUUUAUAUUAUGUGUUAUAUGUUUUAUUUCUCAUUUGUGUGUAAGAAUAUUUAAUCGUUAUUUAAGAAUCUCCUACUAAAUAUAUUUUUUAAAACGUAAUUUUGUGAAAUCAAAAUGACUAUAAAAAAUAAAAAGACUAAACAAUCGAGUACGUCCGAGGUUACAUCAUCAAAGAGUGCAUCGAGUAGUGUUCAGAAGUCCAGUACAUCGACGUCUGUGCAAAAAAGCAGUAACACCCUCCAGAAGUCUUCUGGUAAGAAGGUCCGCUACAUUGAAGUGAAGGUCGAGGAGGAUGAUCCGCUUAUGAUUACCGAUAUUUCCGACCACGCUUCAAUAAGUGGUUCCACUAUAUCCGAGCACUACAACAGCCACCCGCACUACAUAAUAACCGAGGCACCGUCUGUCUCAGAUUUGUCACAGACAAGAUCUCACGAACACCAUGUGAGUGAUAUGGCUCAGUCGACUACUGGUGAGUUUGUGUCUAGCUCUGUACUUCAAGAGUCGUCAACAUCUCACCAACAAAGUUCUAAGAGUGAAACCUAUCAAAGUUCUUCGACAACUGUUCAACAUUCUGGAUCCACUCACAAUCAAACUUUUGAUAGGACUGUAGACUCAUCUGUUGAUAAUCAGACGCUCAAUACGGCGUUUAUAGAUAACAAAUCACAUAAUAUUACUGGAUCUAGUAAUACUUUUCAGUCAAGAUCACACGGAGCAAAUGCAACCGAGUCCUUUAUUCAGUCGGAACGUCAAAAUUUAAUGAACCAGGAAACGAGAAAUCAGUCUUCCACAAACGUGUCUGACACUAGUUCAGAAUUUGUUAAAAAUAUAAAUAUUCGCGAGAAUGAACAUAGCAAUGUUAUUAACCCAUCUAGGCGAAUUCAAACUGUUGGAUCUGAUCGUUCUAAUUUUUAUGGUGGAGAGGGCAGUCUUGACAAAAAUGUUAAAUCGAAACAGUAUAUUAGCACAUCCCAUUCCAGUGAAUCUAAAAGCAGCAAUGUAACAAAAUCAUCAUCUUCUUCACAUGUUGUUGAAAUUGUCGAUGGAAAAGAGCGUAUAAUUGAUAGCUCGAAAAGGGACUGGGGUGAUGUUCAAGAACAUGAAACUAAAGAAGACUAUGCGAGUGUUAGUGGAACUGGUAUAAAAACUGAAACUGCUUACGGUAUUCAGAAUUAUGAUAUGAAAUCAAAGUAUGAUACUGGAAAAGAUGGAAAUAAACCAACUAAUGAAAUGAUCAUGAGAGAAAGUUCUAAAUUUGUUAAGGGUGGAAAACAGAUCACUAGUCGUGACAGUUUAAUAUCACAAAAAGACAAUUCAAUACAACAGCAGCAUAGUUCUAGGCAAGAACAAAUAACAUCCAGUGAUGUAACAAAGGACCAUGUAUCAUCCAGAGAUAACAUUCAAACCACAGUUGGAGCUGUAGAUAGCCGUCUUACAGACAAAAAUGUUAUUGAAAGUACUAGCACUGCAAGUAAUGUAAAUCAAACAGUUAGCAACGUAAAACGAAAUGCUAAUCAGACUGAUUCAUCUAACUUUUACGGUUACGAUUCUACUAUUCAAAAUCAACUUAAAAAAGUAGGUAAUAUUUUACAAGUACCCGAUACAGAAAACCUUAACUAUUCCACAAAAAUUUUGAAGAGUAACACAAGCAGUGCUCAGCAAGAGUCAACAUCAUCAUACGUCUUAGAAGUGAUAGAUGGAAAACAAAGGAUCGUAGAUAGUUCUCACAGAGAAUGGGGAGACAGUAAAGAACAUUCAACUUACGAAAAAAGUCAUCAAAUAGGUGGUACUAAUGUAAAACCUGAACACGAGUAUUCACGUCAUGUUUUAGACAAGGAGUCAUAUUAUGAUACCGGAAAAGAUGGAAUACCUAAAAGCGGUCAUUAUGUCGCCGAAGAAUCUGCUUUAUAUAAAAAUGGAAAGGAAAUUGCUUCAACAAGUAAUACCUACGGCGGUGACUUUAAAAAGAAACCUGCUAUCACUGAACAUCCGACUGACAGAGAUAUCACUGACAUUCGUCGUCAAGGAACAACAACCACUACAGUAAUAAAUAAAGAUAUACAUUCUGAUAACUACAUUAGUUCCAGCGACACUCAAUCCUACAGUAAAGAUACAAAAGAUGUAACUGAAACAACUGAUUUUAUUACGAAAGAGACACAAAAUCUUAAAAAAGAGUCUUCUUCAACCUCGACAUCACAAACAAAAGACACUUUAACCACCUAUGAAAGAAGCACGGGAACCUGGAAUGGUAAAUUUAUUUAUGAAACUGGUGAUGAUAGACCUAAGCGUCCAAAGCAAAUGUCACCUUUUGGAAGACCUGAACAGCCAAAACAUCACCUGAAAAGACAAGAUACAGAAGAAAAUAUUAUAUUGUCUUCAAGAGAUAUAAAAGAUUUUACAUCAAUUAGUGAUUUAAGAAAAAUAAUUGAAGGCUCUCAAAUAAAUAAAGAUGUUACUGUUAGUAACAAAAACAUAGUUAUAAAAAGAAAUAUUGAUGACAGAGUAUUGAAAGAGAUUAUUGAAACAGUUAAGAAAUAUCCAUUCAAGAGAAUUGAUAAAGUUUCUUUUGGAACUAAGAUUAAUGAAGACGUAAAGGAUUUAUACGAAGGAGUUGAUUCUGAACAAUCUACUAUUGUACACACUACUACAGGUGACGCGGUGAAAAAGUCUUUUGAAGUUGAAAAAACUAGAAGUCAAAUAGAAGUAACACGUUAUAUAACUGAAAACGGCAUCACUAGGAAAAUAACAACUUACGAAGACGCGAAAGAAGAUGAUAAAAUUAAAACUGACGUUUUUGUCGACAAUAGCUCGUUAGACAUCAGAAACUUGGAGGAUGUCCGAACAACGAAAGAUAUACGCGAAUACGACGUGGUUGAUCGUGCAAUAACCGAUACCACGAAAGAAAACACUGUCGUCAGCACCAUUUAUGACGAAACCAUCAUAGAUGACCGAAAAACAGUGCGAGACGACAGGACAGUUGUUGAAGAAACCGUCUAUAUUGACAAGACCAGGCCAAGGCAAGGUGGCCCCAAAAAACCAGAGAAAAUUGUUGAGAAGGAACAAUGUAUAUGUGAAAUCUGUACUUGUGGGCGUCACCGCUGUCCACACAAUGAUGUCCCGGAGCCAUUGUUCGAUGUGGAGCACACUACGAGCGUGGUCUCCGCAUACAAACAAGAUUACGACGAAAAGCAUGUCAGUCGCACCACGGCUGUUUACCAAGAAGAUCAUCUUAAGCUUGAAGGAGACUUCCAAGAACCAGAACGCCCUCGUUGGCAACCAGUUGAGCGACCUAAACCAACUAAACCAGAAGAUAAUCUAAGACCAGAAGGAGAAUUUACAACUCCCGAAAAACAAACCUGGCGUCCAGUUGAACGCCAAAAACCUACUAAGCCAGAAGACAAUUUACGUCCAGAAGGUGAUUUUGAGAAGCGCAAACCAGAAGAGUGGCAUCCUGGAGAUAGAGCUCCCGUUCGUCGACCAGAAGACAAUCUAAAACCAGAAGGAGCAUUUUCGACUCCCGAGAAAGAAACUUGGCGACCAGCUGAGCGUCAAAAACCUAAGAAGCCAGAAGACAAUCUGCGACCUGAAGGAGAUUUUGAGAAACGUAAACCCGAAGAAUGGCAUCCUGGAGAUAGAGCCCCAGUUCGUCGUCCACAAGACAAUUUAAAACCAGAAGGCGAUUUUGAGGAUAGAAGACCUGAGCAAUGGAGACCAGGUGAUAGGGCUCCCGUGCGACGUCCAGAAGAUAAUUUAAAACCGGAAGGGGAAUUUGAAAGAAGGCGACCAGAAGAAUGGCGACCAGGUGACCGUGCACCCACUCGUCGCCCUGAAGAUAAUCUUAAACCGGAAGGAGAGUUUUCAACUCCUGAAAAAGAGCCAUGGCAACCAGCUGAACGUCAAAGGCCUAAGAAACCAGAAGACAAUUUACGCCCGGAAGGUGAUUUUGAAAAACGUAAGCCUGAAGAAUGGCGUCCUGGUGACCGAGCACCUGUGCGUCGCCCAGAAGAUAAUUUAAAACCUGAAGGCGAUUUUGAAAAUAGAAGACCAGAAAAAUGGCAGCCUGGAGAUCGAGCACCUGUUAAACGGCCAGAAGACAAUUUAAGACCAGAAGGCGAAUUCGAAAAAAGACGACCCGAAGAAUGGCGCCCAGGUGAUCGAGCGCCCACUCGGUGGCCUGAAGAUAAUCUUAAACCUGAAGGUGACUUUACCACUCCAGAAAAGGAACCUUGGCGUCCUGCAGAACGUCCAAAAGCAAAAAAACCGGAAGACAAUUUACGCCCAGAAGGUGAUUUUGAAAAACGUAAGCCUGAAGAGUGGCAACCUGGUGAUAGAGCACCUGUGCGCCGCCCUGAAGAUAAUUUAAAACCUGAAGGUGAUUUUGAAGACAGAAGACCAGAAAAAUGGCAGCCUGGAGAUAGAGCACCUGUUAAACGCCCAGAAGACAAUUUAAGACCUGAAGGCGAUUUUGAAAAAAGACGACCCGAAGAAUGGCGCCCAGGUGAUCGAGCGCCCAUUCGUCGGCCCGAAGAUAAUCUUAAACCUGAAGGUGACUUUACCACUCCAGAAAAGGAACCUUGGCGUCCUGCAGAACGUCCAAAAGCAAAAAAACCGGAAGACAAUUUACGCCCAGAAGGUGAUUUUGAAAAACGUAAGCCUAAAGAGUGGCAACCUGGUGAUAGAGCACCUGUGCGCCGCCCUAAAGAUAAUUUAAAGCCUGAAGGUGAUUUUGAAGACAGAAGACCAGAAAAAUGGCAGCCUGGAGAUAGAGCACCUGUUAAACGGCCAGAAGACAAUUUAAGACCAGAAGGAGAAUUCACGACUCCAGAAAAGCAACCGUGGCAGCCAGCUGAGCGUCAAUUACCGAAAAAACCUGAAGAUAAUCUUAAACCUGAAGGUGAUUUCGAAAAAAGAAAACCAGAAGAAUGGCAACCAGGAGACCGAGCUCCAGUCAAGCGCCCCGACGAUAAUUUAAGACCCGAAGGGGAAUUCACUACGCCUAAAAAGGAUGAAUGGAAACCUGCUGAGCGACCCCAACAGAAAAAGCCAAUUGAUAAUCUUAAACCUGAAGGUGAAUUUACAAAACGUCAGCCAGAUGAAUUUAAGCCAGCCGAAAAAUCUGUUAUCAAAAAACCUCAAGAUAACUUGCGACCAGAAGGAGAAUUUACAACUUCUAGAACGAUAACAGAAGACUAUAAAGUUGUUACGGGCGAAAGAGCUGAAAUAAUACGACGUACUGAUAACAUCAUUACUGAAGGAGAAUUCACAGAUUCAACCACAACACACGCCGAGUACACAAUAAAACCCGUUGAAAGGCCAAAGCCAGUUCGACGAAACACGUGGACAAAAAUAGAGGGAGACAUGAUAACUGAAACAACUUCAAAGUCAGAAUAUGUAGACUAUACGGAUACGGUUGAAAGAACAACAAUAAUUAAACAAAAGACAGACAAUUUAAUACAUGAAGGAGAAAUAGAUUUUGUUACGUCAAAUCAAAAAGAUUACACUGAAAAAAAUACAGUAAUUGAAAGACCACAGAGACGUAGAACAUGGACUAAAGAAGAUUUUGACAAGUUUUAUUCUACAGAAGACAUUGAAACUCAUACUACAACACAAGAAGAGUAUAGAAUUCACGAAGAGAGAGGACCAAGAAGACCUACGGUGAAAAAGCCUCAGGAUAAUCUUAAGCCUGAAGGGGAAUUUGAAAAACCGAAAACUGAAGAAUGGCAACCUGCUGAAAGAGUUACACCUAGAAAGCCAAAAGAUAACUUGAAACCAGAAGGUGAUUUUGAAACUCCCAAGCACGAAAAAUGGCAGCCGGCUGAAAGACCACAACAAAGAAAGCCGGAAGACAAUUUAUACCCAGAAGGAGUAUUUUCGACACCCGAUAAAGAAAAAUGGCGUCCAGCUGAACGACCUGUUCAAAAGAAACCUAAGGAUAAUCUCAAACUUGAAGGUGAUUUCGAACAACCAAAAUUAGAUGAAUGGCGUCCUGCUGAAAGGCAAACUCCACAAAAACCUAAAGACAAUCUUAAGCCAGAAGGUGAAUUCGAAACACCAGAAAAAGAAAGAUGGCGUCCAGCUGAAAGACCUCAACCUAAGAAACCACAUGACAAUUUACGACCUGAGGGGGACUUUGAACAAAGGCAACCAGAAGAGUGGCAACCCGCAGAACGUCCAAUCCAAAGAAGACCAAAAGAUAAUCUUAAGCCAGAAGGUGAAUUUGAAACUCCUGAAAAAGAGAGAUGGCGCCCCGCUGAAAGGCCAACACCUCAAAGGCCACACGACAACUUAAAACCAGAAGGCGAAUUUGAGCAAAGACAACCAGAUGAGUGGCGGCCUGCAGAACGUCCAAUUCAAAAGAAACCUAAAGAUAAUUUGAAGCCUGAAGGAGAAUUCGAACAACCAAAAUCAGAAGACUGGCGUCCUGCUGAAAGACAGACACCUAAAAAACCUAAAGAUAAUCUUAAACCUGAAGGUGACUUUGAAACUCCAGAAAAAGAGAGAUGGCGUCCAGCUGAAAGACCUCAACCUAAGAAACCACAUGACAAUUUACGACCUGAGGGUGACUUUGAACAAAGGCAACCAGAAGAAUGGCAACCAGCAGAACGUCCAAUUCAACGAAAACCAAAAGAUAAUCUCAAGCCAGAAGGUGAAUUUGAAAGUCCUGAAAAAGAGAGAUGGCGGCCCGCUGAAAGACCUCAACCUAAAAAACCACAUGAUAAUUUGCGACCGGAGGGUGACUUUGAACAAAGGCAACCAGAUGAAUGGCAACCUGCAGAACGUCCAACUCAAAAGAGGCCAAAAGAUAAUCUUAAGCCGGAAGGUGACUUUGAAACUCCAGAAAAAGAGAGAUGGCGUCCAGCUGAAAGACCUCAACCUAAGAAACCACAUGACAAUUUACGACCUGAGGGUGACUUUGAACAAAGGCAACCAGAAGAAUGGCAACCAGCAGAACGUCCAAUUCAACAAAAACCAAAAGAUAAUCUCAAGCCAGAAGGUGAAUUUGAAACUCCUGAAAAAGAGAGAUGGCGCCCCGCUGAAAGACCUCAACCUAAGAAACCACAUGAUAAUUUGCGACCGGAGGGUGACUUUGAACAAAGGCAACCAGAUGAAUGGCAACCUGCAGAACGUCCAACCCAAAAGAGGCCAAAAGAUAAUCUUAAGCCGGAAGGUGAAUUUGAAACCCCUGAAAAAGAGAGGUGGAGACCUGCUGAAAGACCUAAACCUAAAAAACCACAUGAUAAUUUACGACCUGAGGGUGAAUUUGAACAAAGGCAACCAGAUGAAUGGCAACCUGCAGAACGUCCAACCCAAAAGAGGCCAAAAGAUAAUCUUAAGCCGGAAGGUGAAUUUGAAACCCCUGAAAAAGAGAGGUGGAGACCUGCUGAAAGACCUAAACCUAAAAAGCCACAUGAUAAUUUACGACCUGAGGGUGAAUUUGAACAAAGGCAACCAGAUGAAUGGCAACCUGCAGAACGUCCAAUCCAAAAGAGACCAAAAGAUAAUCUUAAGCCAGAAGGUGAAUUUGAAAGCCCUGAAAAAGAAAAAUGGCAACCAGCUGAAAGACCGAAACCUAAAAAGCCAUAUGACAAUUUACGACCUGAAGGUGACUUUGAGCAGAGACAACCAGAUGAGUGGCAACCAGCUGAGCGCCCAACGCAAAAGAGACCAAAGGAUAAUUUGAAACCAGAAGGUGAAUUUGAAACUCCUGAAAAAGAAAGAUGGCGCCCCGCAGAAAGACCUCAACCUAAAAAACCACAUGACAAUUUACGGCCUGAGGGUGACUUUGAACAGAGACAACCAGACAAAUGGCAACCUGCAGAUCGUCCAAUCCAAAAGAAACCCAAGGACAAUCUUAAGCCUGAAGGAGAAUUUCAACAACCAAAAACUGAUGAAUGGCGGCCAGCUGAGAGACAAACACCUAAAAAACCUAAGGAUAAUCUUAAGCCAGAAGGUGAAUUUGACACGCCUGAAAAAGAGAGAUGGCGUCCAGCAGAACGACCACAACCUAAGAAGCCACAUGAUAAUUUACGACCUGAGGGUGACUUUGAACAAAGGCAACCAGAAGAAUGGCAACCUGCAGAUCGUGUAGUGCAAAAGAAACCAAAAGACAAUCUUAAACCAGAAGGUGAAUUUGAGAAACCAAAAUCAGACGAAUGGCGCCCUGCUGAAAAACAGACACCUAAAAAGCCUGAAGACAAUCUAAAACCAGAAGGUGAAUUUGCAACUCCUGAAAAAGAGAGGUGGCAACCAGCUGAAAGACCUAUACCUAAAAAGCCUCAUGACAAUUUACGACCAGAGGGUGACUUUGAACAGAGACAACCAGACAAAUGGCAACCUGCAGAUCGUCCAAUCCAAAAGAAACCCAAGGACAAUCUUAAGCCUGAAGGAGAAUUUCAACAACCAAAAACUGAUGAAUGGCGGCCAGCUGAGAGACAAACACCUAAAAAACCUAAGGAUAAUCUUAAGCCAGAAGGUGAAUUUGACACGCCUGAAAAAGAGAGAUGGCGUCCAGCAGAACGACCACAACCUAAGAAGCCACAUGAUAAUUUACGACCUGAGGGUGACUUUGAACAAAGGCAACCAGAAGAAUGGCAACCUGCAGAGCGUGUAGUGCAAAAGAAACCUAAAGACAAUCUUAAACCAGAAGGUGAAUUUGAGAAACCAAAAUCAGACGAAUGGCGCCCUGCUGAAAAACAGACACCUAAGAAGCCUAAAGAUAAUCUAAAACCAGAAGGUGAAUUUGCAACUCCUGAAAAAGAGAGGUGGCAACCAGCUGAUAGACCUAAACCUAAGAAACCACACGACAAUUUGCGACCAGAGGGUGACUUUGAGCAGAGACAACCAGAAGAAUGGCAACCAGCAGAACGUCCAAUUCAAAGAAAACCUAAAGAUAAUCUAAAACCAGAGGGUGAUUUUGAGACUCCUAAAAAAGAUAGAUGGCAACCCGCUGAAAAACAAGAAAUAAAGAAACCUAAAGAUAACUUGAAACCAGAAGGUGAAUUUGAAAAACCGAAACAAGAUCAAUGGCAGCCAGCGGAGAAACAAACUCCUAAAAAACCUCAAGAUAAUUUGAAACCAGAAGGAGAUAUGGAAGUCAUUCGUCGAACAGAUUAUUCAGUAACUCGUGGUGAUCGUGCUGAUAUUGUCAAACAUGAAGAUCAUCUUAAAAUGGAAGGUGUUAUUGACGUUCAUCGCACUAGAGAUGACUAUAAACGUAUUGACAAAACAGAAAAGGUCAUAAUCCAGAAACAUGAAGAUAAUUUAAGAACUGAGGGUGAAUUUAUUGACCUUUGUAUUCGUAAUGAUUACAGCGCUACUAAGGGAGAAAGAGCGUUAGUUGUAAAACCACAAGACAAUCUUAAGCCUGACGGUAAAUUUUAUAAGCCUGAAAUGGUUCCAUCUCAACCGGCUGAAAAACGUAAGCCUUUUAAACACGUAGAUAAUAUCACUAUUGAAAGAGAUGAUGAUAUUAGACGUAAGCAAAAAACUGAGAGGAUAGACAUAAUACGAAGGGAAGAUAAUUUGAAAAUAGAAGGUGAAUUUAUUGACAUGAAAAAGAAAAAUGAUUAUAAAACUGUAAUUGGCGACAAGUCAACUAUUGUAAAACAUGAAGACAAUCUGAAAAUGGAAGGUAAAAUGGAAAAUAUCCGUUCUUCAGACACUUACCGUGUCGUAAAAGGCCAGAGAGUAAAACUAACUCGCAGAGAAGAUAACCUUAAAAUUGAAGGUGUCUUUGAAGAUCUUACCCGUAGAGAUGACUAUAAAAUACAUACAGAUACGAAAUCAGCAAUAACAUAUUACACCGACGAUAAUAAAACAAAAGUUUCUCAAGGUAAAAUAUCGGAAUACACAAAUGGUCAAAGUCCUGUUAGAAAAAUACCCGAAGAAAAAGAAGAUCGCGGAACACCAACAUCUAAACUUAGUGCAAAAACUUUUGAUAAUGAUACUACCCCAUACUUACAACAACCAUCAGACAUUAAAAGACCAAUCAAAUUAUCACCUAAUGAAGACACAGGUCCAAAAGACCAAACAAAUCGUGGACAACAACCUGAUAAAUCGAAAGUUAUCCCUGAUGAUAAGACAGAUGACACGUCUAGGCCCAGAUGGGGUGAUAACAAAAACAAUCUAUAUUCAGCUGAAAAAAGAGGAGUAAAACCUGAUGAUACAAGGCUACGACCCGAACAUAAUAACAUAUCGGAAUAUAAUUACCCUAGAAAACCUCAUCAAGCUCAUGAGCACGAUAGCCCUAUACAACCUAAGGAUAUCCUCUAUCCUGGUGGGGAUAUUAAAGAUUAUUCAUCUUCAUCUACUGGAAAUUAUAAUCGCUCUGAUAUAUUAAGACAAGACGGUGUUCGUGUGGCUCCGCAACAAUUUACUCCUGAAAACGAUCGCCGAAUUCAUCAUGAAAUUAAUAAGGAUGACCAGAGAAUCCAUUCCACAACCCGUACUGAUAGUUCUAAUAUCAUUAACGAAACAACACAAUCUCAUCAUGCUAUGAAAUCGCAUUUUAAUAAAAGAAUAUCUAAUAUAGAAGACGCCAGUUAUACACAAAAAUCUCACUCUGAGACGCAUACCAUGCAUAGAGAUGUAAAUGACUCAAAUGUGGAAAAAUCUCAACAAACUAAAUCUGGGAUUAAUGUCCACGAUUCACGUGUUACUCAAAUUAAUGAAAAAUCGAACAAAGACAAUAACAUCUCUUCAUCUAAAAAAGUAAGUCAAAAAUCUCAAGAUACAGUUAAUCGUGACGAAACUGAUCGAUCAACCUCGAGACUGUCUACAGAAAGAAAUACUAUUAACAAAAUUAAUUCAAAUAAUGUCACAAAGGUUUCAUCUUCGUCAAAUAAAAUAAUGAAGCAAAUUACAGAAAAGAAAUUAAUUGCCGGUAAAUGGGUAACAGUAACAAAGAAUGUUGAAGUUACAACGAUUUCGGAUGGUAAUUCAAGGAGCCCAAGUAGUAAAGUCAAUUCAGAUGGUCGUACCGAGGUUCGAAAUAAACAAACGAAUAGUACAAUGGGAAGCAUUAUAUCAACCGACCAACAAAACAGUAAUAGUCAAACUCAACGAAAUGUGUUAAAUUCUACCUACGUUGUAAAGGGAAGAAUUGAUGACGAUCACAGACGUCUAGUGGAACAUUCGGCUGACAAUCUUUCAACUAAAACAACUCAUCAGUCGUCGCAAAAAUUAAUAAACUCGGAACAACAUUCAUCAUCAUCUUCCCACAAGUCAGUAACAAAUCAAUCACAACAAUAUAGCCAUAUUUCUUCGGGUGUUCACUCGCAAGAAAUACACAAUGUGGGUCAGACCAAGGCAGUUAAUCAGCGUGAUCAAAAUAUGUCGCCAAUAACGAAAGUAAGUGACAGACAAAUUCAUAAGCAUGGAAGUGGUGAUACUAUUGAAAAAAAAUAUAUCAAUGAUCAAUCAUUGACAUCCAAUCAAGGUAAUCAAGAUUAUACCAAUACUCACUCUUCUGAUAGCCACAUCCAACGUUCUACAGGAUCGUCAAUUAACAUUUCAACUACAAAUAAUUCAGAACAUAAUGUCUCCAAGGUGUCUUCAAGUCAUCAAUCACAUACUAUAAACAGAAGUCAGCUAAGUGAUAGUGUGACUAGGACUAGCAUUGAGUUUCAGCGAGCGAUGCAUGGUAGUGGAGAUAUUCCAAUAUCUUCCACAGAAAAAUCUUCGCGUACAGGUCAUCAUAAGCGUACCUCAGAUUUAGUUUCGGAUAUAGGGAGUACAAACGCAGUUCUUCACCGUAAAGGAGUAACAUCGACAACAGAGGCCCAGCAUUCAAUUAGUUCCACUGCCGCUGCACAGAGGAAAAGUAUUACCAACCUUAAUGAACGGGGAGAAUAUAUAAGUAAUUCCAAUCAUAGUGCAGAUAGAAAAAGUAUCAGUUCUAUGCAUCGAUCUGCUCGUGAUAAUGUAGGCGUUAUAUCACAACAUAGUGACAAUGUUGAUGUUCGUCGUCAGCAAAAAAGAGACGGACAAUCAACUAUGGUCAUAGAACGUCAACCACGUGUCGUUAUAAGAGACAACCUUCGAGUUGGUGGCGAAUUCUAUGGACAGUCUGAGGCUCAUUCAUACGGUAGUUUUUCAAGGUCUAAUCAAAUUAACAAGACGGAAAGAAAUGAGCGCAUAGAAAAAGUUGAACGGCAGAUACGACAUGGUACAACUUCACAUUUUGUUUUGGGCGACGGUGGCACUAGUUAUAAACGUGAAUACACCGCUCACGUACAUGGAACUUGCCCUGCUACGCUAAUCGAAUCGCCGCGUACUCCAUUCAAACAUUCUCGAGAUUCUCGUGAACACAAAUUCUAUACAACGAAAAUAACACAAAAGACACCUUAAUAAUGUCAAUGUUAAUUACUACUAAAAAAGCUAUAUCAUUCCUCAUUUAAUGGAAACUUUGAAAUUUUAUUAAAAAUAAGUAUAAGUUUUGUAUUGUAUUUUUAUAAAGCUAACAUUACCAGACUAAAAUUGUAAUGUGCCUUUUAAUUAAUAAUAUAUAUGCAUAAUAUACUUUUAGCAUAAGAUUACCGAUAUUGGCUAUAUUUUAUUUUAUUUUGUCAAUCAUUGCCAUGUAAUAAAUUUUAUAUUAAUA